AUGAUUCCGAGCAACGGAAGGGCACCAAGACUUACCGAAGGUCUUUGAAAGGAAUUCAAGAUUUGGCCUGCCAUUUGAGACCCACUCGUUCCGACUUCUCCAAUGUCUUGUGAGCUCACUGGAAAAUAUGCAUAGUUGAUUUGCCUCCAGAUAGCUUCUAAAAAAUUCCUCGUACUUUAUAGAACCAAUACGCUGUAUAUCAUCCAUGAAAAAUCCCUAUGCAUCCAUGAUCCUGUAGGCCUACAGCAUAACAUCGCAGAUCAUCACCGUGCGUCGUUCUUGGGCUUCUUGGUAAUCAUGCUGAUCGCAAUGCAUUUAUGAGCCUUCGUUCUUUUUUUACCAUGUACGAAGGGUCAUAUUCAAUCAUUUUAUGCUUCUGCGCAUAUAAUUCACAUGAUUGCUGCUGUAUUAUUUUUCUGCAUUUGCAGGCUCUUCUUCAGACAAUGACGUCACCAAGAUGGAAGGAUGUCCACGGUCUUUGAUGCUAAAUGUGGACUUAAAAGAACCUUUUCCUACUGAGUUUACACCUUCUCUAAAAACGGUAAACAAAGACAAGCGUGUUUGCUUUAUUCUGAGGCCAUUUAUGUGGCCAAACAAUCUAAACAUCGGUUUAUUUUCAGUACAUUCGAGAACACUAUAACGAAGAUGCGGACUCCUACAACAACGAAUGCUCCCAGCUGGAACAGCUUAGAACCGUAAGAUUUUGUUAUUUUAAUUAUUUUUGCUCACUAUUUGAUCAUAAAGUGACUGUUUGUUUGUUUUAGUUAUUUGAUAUAAUCUAAUCAAAUGAAAUGUAAAGAAAUAUGGCAGUUAUGAAAGCGAACUAUGUGCGGAUUCAUUACAGUAGUUUUUAGAAGGGAAAGAGUUACGUAUUGUCAUUCAGCUCCUCUGGCAUUCUUUUUGUUGUAGUUUCAUGAACAGCAAACCCCUCCCGCGUUUUGGGACAAGCAAAAUAAUUUAUGUAUUUUGGGGAUCCUUACAAACAAGUAUAAGUUGUUACUGACGAAUUUAGUUCGUAAAUUCCUGUCAAUCGUACCCAAAAUAACCACGAUCUUAAAAAAUUAAACAAUGUCCGGUCACGUUAUUUUAGGAAACUCAUGACGUAUUCUGAAAAACUCAGGACUCUCGCUUGAGAAACGGACCUAGAUCUAGGAGUGACAUUUUUGCCCUUUUUAGAAGACUUUAUAUUUGAGUUCUAGGAAAAAUGUUGUUUGUAACGUGUAUUAUGAUAUAAUUUGAGACUAGAAAAACUCUUACGGUAAUUGGUAAUUGCUUGUACCUACUUUAAACCAGGAGGUCAAAGGUUGUUUCUCAUCAGAUUUUUAUCUGUUUACAAAAUUAAGGGGGUUGAAAAUUAAAACAGGAUCAAUUCUUUGCUCGAUAAAAAGUUAAUCGUGAAUUUAAUUGAUUUUCAUUGUUGUGAGCUACACAGUCAAUUAUUUUUAAGAUAGAUACCCUUGGGACAGGUACUAAGUGUCUGUCUCAGAGAGAUGUCCCGAGGGGGGGGAUUACUACCAUAUAUGGGCUAUAUUGGUAUGUGCAGCUGUGAAGGGUAUGUUUUUCAAGCAAUUUACUGUGGGAUAGGGUAUAUAAAUAAGAGAGUUUUGGGGUCUAAAAUAGGGUAUCAUUUUCCAGGAAACUAAUCAAUUGGUUGAGACCGGGAAUUGCCACUCAAAAGUAUAAAAAAAUCAAAUCGGCAAGUUUGAAAUUUCCGCAACUCAGCCUACAGUACUCUAUGAUAGGGUGAGAUUUAGGGAGUUUAGUCUAGUAUAGGGUAGCAAAAUUCAGCUGAACUAGCUCUGGUAUAGGCUAAGGGUUCCAGUGUCCCAGCGGCACAUCCCUACACAAAAAUUCCCAAAGUACCCCUCCCCCCUGGAGAUGUCCGUCUUACAGAGAGUCAAAUAAAGGGAGUAAAAAAGGCAGGGACCAAUUCUAGGCGUCCAUUUUACAGAGGUGUCUGUCUUAUAGAGGUGUCCAGCAAGAUUAAGUCAACUGCAUAACUUUUAAUUUCAGCCUCUUAUGUUUUAUAACUUUUCAGGCCUCCAUUCGCCCUUCACGUGACCACUCAGGGUGCAGCACUCUACGGCGGUAUUAUGCACAGCUGCAAUUUCUUCAAUCACGGUUUCCUAUGGGAGAUGGAGGAGCAGUUAAUGUCCAGUUUACAUGGUCUGUGCUCAUCCCUUACAUUUGUAUACAGAAUAAAGAACUUUAAGUAACUAUUGCUUACACCAUUCUGGUUAACGGUUUCAACAGAAUGUUAAAUUAUUCAUUUGUGUUGUGAAAGCAUUUGAAUGGCAUACACUGUAUCAGAAUUAAUAUUAGUACACUAGAAGAGAUGAUACUUGGUCACAAGUUAAUGAUAACAACAGUAAUAAAUUAUUAUCAGUUUUGAUGAUAGUUGCAUUAUGAUGAUGACAUUAUGGUUCUAUAACUAUCAUUAUUAUUAUUAUUAUUAUUAUUAUUAUUAGUUGUUAUUAUUGAUUAUAAAGACAAUUUUGAGCAUGGUGAAUAACAAUGUUUGCAAGAAUGAUGUUGAUAAUGGCACUUAUGAUAAUUAUGGUUUGCAUUCAGCGCUGCCAACUGACUAAAAAACCGGCUACUUUGAGGUCUGAGCUGUGGACUUUUGAGGGAAAAUGGGUAAAGUAAGGGAGUGAAUUACGUCAAGGGCAGUGAAGAUAAUAGUCACUUAUAUUAUAGACAGUCACAGAGGGCUUGGAAAUGCAUUGGUUAAUUCCUUAUAUGAAAACUGUAUCAAUUUUGUUGUUUAUACAACUUAAUUUCCUUUUUCUUUUAACAGGACUGAUCUUUAUUCUGAAGAACCAAUAUCCUUGUGUGACAUUAAAUUUGAGCAAGCAUCAGUUCUUCAUAAUUUAGGUUGGUUUAAUGUUAAUUUCUAGAUCAAAUUUUAUGGUUUAGUUUAACAACACUUGAAUCAAAUUGGUGCAGUAAGGUGAAUUCGGCAGAGCUGUAUAAAUAAAUAUAUAUGUUAAAAUGUCCUAUAUAAAUGCUAUGUAGAGAUAGAUCAUGGAGCACUUCAUCAGUGUGUAUGUUCUCUCCUCUUUUUGAAAAGCAGUGCUUUUUUUAAGCAUCUUUCAAAUUGAUAGGAAAUGAUCUGAUGAACCAGAAAAGGCCAAGGGCUUAAGUCAACUGAACUGAGACAAGGUCUUAAAUCAAAAUCACCCGCCAGCAUUACCUUACUAAUUUUUAACAAGUGUGUUCAGAAUUUCCUUAUAUUGCUAUACAAGAAUUUGUUUUUCAGUCAUUUUCCUGCUUAUAUGAAAAAUAUGUUUUCACUCCUGUCCUCUUCCAGUGAUCUUCAUGGCAACUACAUUCUAUCACUCAGUAAACCUAAAAUAGCAACCUAUGGUCUUAACUCCUUUUCUUACUUUUCAGCUAAGCAGUGGAAUGCAGUGCCUGACUUUUUUCACACUAGUUUUUUGGCAUAUUUUUUAAACUAGACUUUUAUGUGAAGACUUUCACGUAAUGUAUAUAUAUGUGGUGUCACCUAGAGCUCGCUAGCUACUCCAAACUUCGAGUGAAAAUAAAGUUUUUGUUGUUGUUGUUCAAGAGCCUGAUUGGUUUUCUAGCUGGGGCUUAAACCUAUGACCUUUUGCUUGACAGAACGGUGCUUAUCCAGUUGAACUAAAAAUUAAUAGGUGAAGUUGGUUAGAUCUUCAAAUCUCUAGCAGUUACAGAACAAUGACACCUAACAAAACAGGCCAUAAGGACUAAUGCCCAGUACAGUUACAUCAGUAUAAUUGCUGCCCAGAGGACAAAAGAUGACAGUGACUGAGAUUUGUUUUUUCUCAUGGAUUUGAUAUGUUUUCUUACUUUAAUCUUCAGCUUCUCUUCACUCCCAGCUUGGUAGCAAUGAAGACAGAACUACGGAAGAGGUUUGAGCAAAUAAUUUGAUCUUGGCUUUAAUAUUAUGGUGCUGUCUUUUUUCUAUUUGUUUUGAUUAUAAUAUCACUGAUUAUAUUGGAGUGGUUUGGUUCUGUAUGUUGCGAGUGAGCACUUCUUUUUCAGUUGUUCACUACACUAUUUAAUGCUUAAGCUAAGAGGAUAUUUGCUGCUGAAAAUAAAAUCCUGUUUUAGUUUGUUGCCAUACAUUCAAAUCUUAUAAUUUUACCUUGGCUUGUGUUUUCAUUCUAAAGGGAAUGAAAGUGGCUUGUACCCACUUCCAAUCUGCUGCUGGCAUUUUUCAAUUUCUCAAGGUAACACAAGGUUACAGUGUGUAUUUUGGUGCUUGAUAAUUAUCCCUUUCAUUCUAAGAGUAAAGAGUCUUUUAUUUGACCAUUCAAAUGAAAGCUACUGAACAGUACUUUCCUGUGGUACUGUUUAUUAUGCUGUACAAGGUGGUUCUAACUUUUGAGUCUGUGGAUGAAAUCCUAAAGUGUGACCAUUCAAAUGAAAGCUACUGAGCAGUACUUUCCUGUGGUACUGUCUAUUAUGCUGUACAAGGUGGUUCUAACUUUUGAGUCUGUGGAUGAAAUCCUAUGGUGUGACCAUCCGAAUGAAACAUCUCCAGCAUUACUUUCACAAUGUCCUGUUUGUUUUUCAGCAUUUUUCAAAGAGAAAUUUGGAAUUUUUGAAAGGGCUAACUCUUUUUCCCAACUCACUACUCACCUACCCUCUAAAUUUCUAGACAUAUUGUUCAAUAUUAGUAUUCAUCAUCAUCUUGCUCUGUGAAAAUUCAAAUGUAAUGUACAGUUACCGUAACUGAAAUAGUAAUGGAUGGAUUAGUGGAUUGAUAUUGUUGUUAAACCACAACCUACAUGUUGCUUCCUACACACUGUCUUAAUGAAUAUACUUUUAAAAAAUCAUUUUGUGCAUGUCAUAUUGCAACUGUUUACAGUAAUCACAAUCAGUUCAUAUAAAGUUGUUUAAUUAUUAAGAUAUUGAGCACAACUUUUAUUGUUGUUAUAUUUUUAGGCUGGUUCUUUCUGUAAAGUUGAACAUUUUAUUGUAAGUUCAUUGUCAUUUUUGUGUGUGCAUUAUUUGAUAUAAUUAUUGUCACCAGUUCCAGUGAAUAGCAUUGUAGUAAUCACUGUUGACAAUGUAAGUGGCAGUGCUGUAAAUUAACCUUAUUACAAUCCUGAGCCCAAAACAAAAUAAUGAAAGGGGCUGGUGAAUAAGUUGUAAAUGAAGAGGUGUACUUGGAAUGAGGUUUCGAGUGAGUCAUGAUUUAAUUAAGAAGUUCUUUCUUAGAUUCACAACCAUACACAAGGCAAACUGGAAGGAGAAUUUAACGAUUUGUCAUAUUUUAAUUGGGGCUUUAUUCCAGGCAUCCUUAAGCUUCUUCAGAAAAUUUCCUGUCAGUUUUUUUAUUCUUCCACUGAUCAUCGAAUAGGAUUUUUAUUAUUUUAGCCAUAAUGAUGUGGAACCAAAGCUCAGCUGAUUCCUGUAGACACUGGUAAAAAUUACUCCCUUACAUAAUACUAUUUAUAAUCUCUUAAAAGUUUAUUAUUUAUUUACCAAAAAUAUUUCUCUCUAGGAUCAUUUUGCAAGUGAUGCAUUUUUUGACAUGGCUGGUGGUCUGCUGCAGCUGUACACUAAUGUUAUGCUGGUAAGCUGAUUAAAAAUUCAUUUUUUUUUUCAUGAUUGCAAAAAAUCACAAAACUAAAAUGUUGAGCACUUUUUAUGUUGGUCUUGAGAUUCUAAUGGUUGCAGUUAAGGGCCAUUAACUUCUGUCUCAUUUUGUAGGGUCAAGCUCAGGAAUGUUUACUGGAGAAGUCCAUUUUAGAUUCCCGCAAGGACUCACUUGUUGCUAGAAUCAGUAUGCAGGUACAUAUUUUUGAUUGUCUGUUUUAAUUUGUUAUCAAACAGUAAAAUAAAUCAAAGAUAAGCAACUACAAAAGAGAGCAUUUGUUUAAUAUGCAGACCUUAAAUAAUUAUACUGCUCAAAUGUUAGUAAUGUUGAUAGUCCAUCACGUCUUGAUUCUCAAGACUCGAGGCUGGAUUCUCUAUUCUCGAAACUUUCAAGUUUUGAGUCUCAAAAAUAUCUUGAGAACUGAGACACUAGUUUUGAGUUUCAAGCUUAAUCAGUACUAAUGAUAUCAUUGAUUAACAAUCGUACAUUUUCACAGGUUUACGAAUAUUACAACCAGGCUUUACAGUUUCUUGAUUCUCAAGGCCCAUCAUACAUGGGGUCCAGGAAAGCCAAGGUGAGGAAUGAUCACCGCAAAGCGAUAUGUGAUGAACCACGAAUUAGUGCUGCCAGCUUGUGCUUGGUUCACCUGAAUACAAGCCAGCUGCUGAGACAAUUUGUUGAAUUCAUCAGAAUCUACAUGUACAAAUCAUCCAUAUAAAAUAUGCAGUCAUUAUAUUUUGUUAGCAACUAAAUGCACAAGAUUCUAGUAUCAUUACACACAUUUGAUUAUGUACUUGGUGAGUCCAAUAAGCCGUAUCAAUGUAUAACAGAUGUGUACAUGGUCCCCUGGGUUGUGUGUCUACCUUUCAGUGUCCCUAAUGACUGUGGAUUAAGGUUCCUAUGGUCAAAAUCACAGGAAAAAAUAACAGAUUCCCAUUUUUGGGUAUUUUAGGGUAUUUAAAGAAUACCCAUAAAAAUCCCAAAUUUGGCAAAGUGAGACAAGUCCCAACCGAGGAAUUCCCAACCAAGUUCCUGGUUGGGACUUGUCUCACUCUUCCAAAUUUGGGAUUUUUGUGGGUGUUCUUUAAAUACCCCAAAAUAUCCAAAAAUGGGAAUCUGUUAUUUUUUCCUGUGAAUGUUAUGUGGCCCACUGGGUAUUCUUUAAAUACCCUAAAAUAUCCACAAAUGGGAAUCUGUUUUCCUGUGUUAUGUGGCCCACUGGCACCAUAAAACAUUUUAGUCAAGGGUUAUUUUGGGUCUCACAUACUGCUGCAAGCCACAUGAAGCCGACCAAGGCGACGAAAAAACAUUUUUCACUAACAGUAUUUUGUUCCAAUCACCCAUAGCCUGAUUCUCAGACAUCCAAGGUCAUUUGUGGCCCUUUCGCUUUUGCGAAGGGCCCGCGAAAGACCUUGGACAUCUGAAAAUCCUCCAUUGAAUAAUCACCCUUUUUGUGGCAUCUUAUUUAAAUAAGCUGUACUCUGAGCAGCCUAUAUUAAUUUUAUAGCUGAUAUCAAUUUUAUUUGAUAGUUAAUAUUAAUACAUUAUACAAUUUUAUUAUUUUAGCUUUGGGCAAAGAGUCUGAAAAUCAAGUGUUGUCAGUACCUUGCGGUAGCAUAUGUAAGUAUAAUCAAAACCUGCAGUCAUUAGCCCCUGUGUAGAGAGAUACUGUUUUCUGGAGCUCUUGGUAUUCCAUACAAGGAUUAUUUAAAUCAAUCUGAUAUAUACAAUGACAAUGUUUAACCAAGGAAAGUACUUAAAUUUUCUUGCAGAUACACAUGUCAAACAAUGCAGAUGAAAAUCAAAAGUUUGGUGAAAAGGUAAAAACUUAACAAUUUUUUAUGUAAUAUUAUUUAAUCAGUAUGUACUUCUUUAUUCAUUGUCUGGUUAAACCUCCACUAAUUGGCUCCACAUACACAUCCAGAAGUGCAAAUCCGACCUUGGUUACCCCAUGGUAGACACGACUCUUAUUACUAUUGGUUAGUUCCUUAUGACUCUAUGUUUAACAGAUUUGCUUGUGUUUAGGUGAGGAUUAGGACUAGGGGACAAUUUGCAAUGUCUACCAUGAAAAGCAUGAUUCUCAUAAGCAUGCAUUUUCUGGAAAUGACUCUCUACACAACAGCCAUUUCUGUACCAGCCAACUCCACUUAAUGACAACAGCCUGCUCCUCACUUUCCCAGGGAGACAAUGGCUAUGCCACGUUGUUAAAACUGGCCUCCAAUGACUGCAAUACUUUCAAUGCUCAAUAAUGGUAAUAAAAGCCAUCCUGCAAUGGGUCUGCCAAACCUUACACUGUGAGCAGAGGUUUCUCUCUUUUAUGGCUUUUAGCGUUUGUGAAGUCGUUCGCGUGGCUUGACAGUCUAUCGCAUAGUUAGUUUGUUUACGGCCCGUGAAGGUGCAUAAAACAAACCAGCUAUGCGACUGACAAGCGAUGCAAACGACUUCAUCAAUACUGAAAGCCAUGCAAGAGAGAAAACCUCUGCUCGAAGAGUAACCAAACCUGUUUUCAUGAAAAUUACCAGUAUCACUCUCUUUUCGCUAGGUGGCAUACUUAAAAGCUGCAUCACAAAAGAUAACAGAAGCUCAAAAGGCGUCUAAGGUACCCAGCAAGUUUUUGCUCUUGUCUUUAUUCAGAUUUUUUAUUAAAAAGACAGGUUCUUAUAUUAUUAUAACGUGUAUGGGAAAAAGCACACUGAAAAUGUAGGCCUAAGAUUACCGGACUUUCUGGAAUAGAGGUGUGAGGAACUAGAGCCCCAGAUGGAAAGCAAAUGGAAAAAUUGACCAUUGACCCUACAUAAUAUUAAAUCCUGAGAUUACAGCUGAAAUUAAUCUUACCAGACACCAAAGUACAUAUCAUGGAGUGCCACCCCAAUUCCCACCUCCCACCCAAUUCAAGUUGGGAUAAAGUAAAUUCACUUUUGCUGAGUUUGAAACCAAAGCUGUUACAGUUACUAGCCAUAUUGUGUGUUUCACUGCACAUUGCAUUACAUUAUAUUGGUUGUUCAGUUGUUGGUUUUUCUUUAUCCAAAGGGCCAGCCUGAAAGAACGCUGGAGUUGUUGCAGUUCCUUAUCGAUGUUGUAAGCAACAAGUGAGUCUUCAAUGCUAUUUCUACAGACUGUCCGGUGCUUAUUGCAGCUAUACUUUGUCCUUUUGACUCAGAGGUCAUCAUUAGCUCCAAACUGGUUUUAAAAUAAGCUCUUUUCACCUUUUUAUUUUGUUGUCUAUACCUUUCACAUACCUUUCACUCUCUGGUAUAUUACUAAUAAUUACAAAAAAUGAAUAAUUGGAUAAUGCAGUUCUAGAGCUCUUAUUGGCUUAGCCAUCAUGGUAUUUGAGUCAUUAUACCUAUGCUAUCCAAAUAUGGUAACUGUACGCAUCUGCUCAAAAUUUUAUUGGUUGUUUUUACAAAUAAAGUCAGGAAGAAUUCUCGAUAUUUUGUGGGCAUUUUUAAUAAAACAAUUAUUCCUGUUGGAUAUCCAACACACACUCAUAUUAAUUGUUAAAUAUCAUAUGACCCAUCAUUAAUUUUGUAGAUUGCAAGGUGCUGUGAAGGACAACUAUUCCAUUUACCAUGAAGUUAUUCCAGUUAUUCCACUCAUGCUUGUUGGAUAUGAGGUGGUUACAGCCAACUUAGCACUAUGCGUCUCAUUGGCUAUCUACUGUCUCAUAUCCAACACGCACUCGUGGAAUAAUUAUUACUGUUAGAUAUAAUGUGACCCAUUGUUUGUAGAUUGCAAGGUGCUGUGAAGGACAACGAUUUCAUUUACCAUGAAGUUGUACCUGAACUGGACAGUUUGCCAGAAAUAAAAGGUAUGCAAUAAUAAUAUUACCAUGGUUACCUUCGGCAGUGUUAAUUAUAGCACAAAGGCUAGUAAUGUUGGACACAUGAAUAAAGCAAUGAUUAGUCAUGCUGCUAAGCAGUGUUAUUUCUAGCGUAACCUUUUAGAGAUUCCAGUGCAAGUCACAGACGUUGUUUUUAGAGAUCCCCAGUGUCCCUCUCCGAGUUUCUGUACCUUUCCAAGAGACAUCUUUUGACAUACAGUGUAGAACCACUCAGUACUACCACUAGGAGAAAAAAAACUUGAAUUCCCGCUUGUCCUUUGGGCAAGCAGCAUCUUAGUUCAUGAUUUUGCUUGUCCUGUUAAUGAUUGGAGGUGACCCAUGGGAGAUUGCUAUGGUUACCCCCCUUUAAGUGCAAAAUUGCCGACGAUCACUUGCUUAUUACCUGCAUUGCUCAUAAUUGGCACCUACCCUCUAUUUGAAUAUUGCCUAUUGGCAAGUUAAUGUUAGAGGAUGGGUUGGCGAGACCCUUACCCACUGCGCAAGUAUCUUUUAAAAGUUACGUGCCCAGCAUGAAAAUCUACUUUUCCCAUACUACCGUAUGGGACCCUUUUGAGCCCCGAAUACAUUAAUAAACUCGUGUUGUUUCUGAUUUUUUUUUGGACAGCCGCACCUCUCGUUAAACCAAUCCCAUUCCAGCCAUUUGACUCCUCAGUCUCCGGACCUGACAUUUUUCAGAGGCUAAUUCCAAUGGGUGCACACGCAGAUUCCUCUCUGUACAGGUUAGAAGUCUGGACCAACUCUUCUAGUACCAGUUUCUGGCUUUUUUUCCAGGGACCAUGAAGUCAUGCUUGUUUUAAUUUUAAACAAUUUAUUUAUUAUUGGUUGCUGUUUUUGUGACAUCCAAAAUAAUCAGUCAAACACAUCGUCGCAUGGAACACAGUUUGACAUUGCUCUUAGAAAUCAUGCAUUGUGAUUGUAACCUACUGCUUAGUCAGUUAUUUGCUAGCAGAUUACUAACUAAUCUGUAGGUUUCACUGAUUUCCAGAAGUAACUGUACGCUCUUAACCAAUAAGCAGAGGGAUUGUGGGUACAAUGUAUAAUUAGACUGGUAACCAGACCUCUGCCCAGUUAGGAUAAGCACUGGUCAGCUUAGCAGUAGGUCACGGGUUCGAACCCUGGCUGGACCAACACUCAGGGUGUUAAAAUGGGGUAACUGCGGAAAACGUGCUGCCUUUGUUGUUACAUGUUCAAAUGGUUAGACAUUCUAGUCUUCUGGGAUAAGGACGAAAAAACGGUAGGCUCCGUUUCACAGCUCUUUCACUGUCUGAUUCUUGCAGGAUGUAAAAGAACCCGCACUGCUGUUCAUAAAAAGUAGGGGAAGGAGACCCAGGUGGUAUGGUGCAACCUUUCAUGGGCUGUGGGGGUAAUGAAGGGGUUGAUAUCAAUUGGAAUGUUAAUCCUGUUUCAUCCCCUGUCACCGUGUUCAGUCACUGUGGUGAAUUCAAUAAAGUGAUUAUUAUAUGAGUUGUCAUUAAAGUUUUUAAUGCAAAACCUCACCCAGUGGACUUUUCUUAUUUCUCAGCGAAGAAAAAGCAAAGCUACUCAGGAGAUAUGUUGGUUCUAUUGAGCAGAAAAAUCAGCUGUUGAGGUGAGGGAUUGAUGGUGUAUUCUGGAUUACAUUUAAGGUUAAAAUCCAUCUCAGGAAAAACCAAUUUUUUUUCUCUCAUAUGAAUAAGUAGGUAAGGUUAGGAAAGACAGGAAAUUCUAAAUCAAACUAGGUUGAAUACUUGUUUAACCUGAGAUGGAUUUUACCUACAGCAUACACACAUGAUAAUUUGUUUGGACAAAUGGUUUGAUAAUCCUAACAGAAAGUGCUUAAAAGUGACAUACAAUAAAGACUUUGACUGUUCUAUUUUUUCAUUACCAUCUAGCAAAGCAUUGAGUGAUUUACACAUUGAUGACUUGCUGGAACCAGAAGGAUAUGACACUCUUCCAGGUUUGUUUCUUCCGUACUUGUGUAUGUAUACCCCAAAGGCCCUUUCCACUCAAAAGGGUGAUUAGAAACAUUAGGAGAAAGCUUACCAACUUUUGGAAGAGGGCCACCACUCUUCCACGAAAAUGAUAAAAAUACUUUGCAAGACUAGUGAUUUUGUUAACAUAUUUUGACAAUAUUUAUUAACUUUUCAAAGACCACUAAUGUGAAGGAAAUGAUGGAGAAAAAUAAAUACCGUAAAUCCUCUAUUAACCGCCUUCCUCCCACCCCAUGAAGGGGCUUAUUUGUUUCAAGCAUGUUUGAGAAGGUGCUUAUUUAAUUUAGCAAAGAUGAUAGUAUCAAUUCUUUGUAAAAACUAGGAUGCAAGCUCAGGUACAGGAAGUUGAAGGUCAUACUGCGGAAGAUCCAAAACAAAUCCGAACUCCCAGCACAUGACUUAAUCAUACCAGAUCAGUCCACAUGAAGUGAUUCAUUUGUGAUUGAUUAAUAAAGUAUAUCAUUUAAAAAUGAAAGGGGAGGGGAAGUUGGGGCUUAAAAGAGAGGGGGAGCUCUGCUUAAUAACUUUCUUCCUUAGAAAAGGGGGAUUACUUUAGAGCGGGGCUUAACAGAGGAUUUAUGGUAGCCUUGGUUUUUAAACAUUUUCUUCUCAUAAGUAUAACAAAUAAUAUGAAGAACAGCACUUGCAGAGAAUACAACCUGCUGGCAGGUAAGAGGGAAAGCUUCCUUUCUGUCUUUGUGUACUCCACUGAUUUGUUGUAACAAUGUUCUCUCCCAGCUGGUAUCCUACAGAAAAGGAAUUCUCUCAUAAAUGAUGGAACUUUGAAAGAUGUUGAAAGCAAUGUAGAAGGUGGGUUUGCAACCUCAUCCCCAGGCUCCUCUCUCUCUUGCUCCAUGGGACGAGAGAGGGGCCUGGGAAUGAAGUUAGGUGAGUUUGUUGCAACUUGAUACUCAUUAGUAGCUGUACUACUGAAGAAAACUAAAUUUACUCUAUAACUGGUGUUGUUAUUCAUAGAGCUUACAAAGGUUGGCACAAGGGUGGAAGAAAUGGUGGCUGCUAUUACAACAAUACUUGAAGAAGACAAGAAAAGAGAAAAAGAAAUACAGGUUUGAUAAAUAAUUAAGGUUUCUAAAAA